CAGGCCGCAAAGGGAGAUCAACAUUACAGGCUAUGCUAUAGGAUGUGUGGGUUCCUUGUUAAGUCUCCAAUGCUGGAAACACUAGAGCUUAUUAAAGGGACUCGAUGAUUAUCCAGACCUGCGUUACAUGCUGGUUAGAUCUCUAUCAAAUAAGAACAGAGCCCGACCUGAGAACAGAUCGUCCGCUCUCGAGCCCGGCUCUGUUCUCGGGCUUCUUGUCAAACAACGGGGCUCGCCCUCCGGAGAAUCGGAGAUUCACGGCUGAUCACCGAUUUGGGCAGCUCAAAGAAAACCUUGAAAGCAGGGCAUAUGUGCUCGUGUCUCACCUCCUAGCGGCCGGAAUUCAGGUUAGGGUUCUUGGCAGCUGCCAUGCUUGCAAGAAAGAAGGCGGAGGCGAAGCGUGUGAAGGCGCGGCUCCGCGAUGUGGAUUUCGCCAGGCUUCAGGCUCCAGGCCGGUCGCAGACGUUGCCCUUUCCAGGUUUGAGUACCUCCGCCGUAGGCAAGAGGCCACCACGGGAAUUUGAGUUUGUGGGUCGUUCGGCGUACUCGGACAUCAUGAGGCUGGUUAUAGAAGAAGACCCACAAUCCCCGACUCGGGGCCUGCUCAUUACUGGUGCCAGGGGGAAAGGAAAGAGUUGCAUGUUGCGAGCGGUUGCAGUGGAGCUUGUUGGACGCUCUCAACGAGCAAUAUGCUUUUGGUACCUGGACGCUUGUCAGGACGUGCUGCGCCAAGUUCAGGACUCUCUUCUGUUUGCAUACAGUGACAGUGAGGAAGCGCUUGCAGAGAUUGAACGCGUCAGCUCUGUGGAGUCGUUGUCUGGCUUUCUCGAGGGCAGAAAGGCGGCUGGGGAUUUUAUUUUCUUUGUGAGUGAUGAUGAGGAGAACUACGAUGAUCAACACAAGGAUGGUACUUCACGCAGGCGAGCUGAGGCGAAGAAGUGGCUGGAAGCUUUGCAAAGAGGGUGCGACGUUGUAAUCAAGACCUUGUCGCCUGAAGCUCAUGACGUGAGAGUGGGCGCAAGCCAGAUGGAAGAGUACGAGCUGAAAGAUAACUUUGGCGAGGAGGAGUAUUCUUCGUUCAUAAGAGGAACCACCACCGUCCUUGGAGGGAUGCUCAAGAACCAUCCGGACCGUGAGGAGGAUGUUCUCUUGUUUGCUGGAAAGCACCCCAUGUCCUUGUUCUACCUCAGCAGUGCGUGUGACGAGUAUGUACGAGACAUCACCGGUAUCUCCUGUUCAAGGAAAAGGCCCAGGCUUAAAAGUUUUGGGAUGAUAGAUGUCCAAACGGGUGAAACGCGAGUGUACGAAGAUCCUGGGAAGAUGGAACUAGAGGGUUUCCUAGAUGAUGAGCAGGCGUGGCAGGCGGUGCUGCUGAAGUUUAAGCAGGGAGAACCAUUCAAAUCCAUACGGAAGUACAUCAAGGAUUACAGGGGCCCGGAGGAAUCUUUACGUGAUCCUGCAUCGGUGUCCAAGAGUUUUGUCAGCGGAGAUGGUAGUUUCUGCACCGACUUCAUCUAUGCAGUCCAUUUAGAGGCAGCUUUGGAGCGCUUGAAGGGCUUGGUUUUCCGUUCACCGACAUUCCAGGCCAUUGUGCAGGGUAAACUCGAUGACCCGGACAUCAUCUGGUCCCAUAUCGGAUGGGCCUGCGAGGGGUUUGUAGCAGAGGCUAUCAUGGCGGUGGGGCUGAAAUUCAAGCAGCGUGUGCGUCGUCCAGUGGAGCUGAAGAGUCUAAACGGUGAACCCGUGCGGUUAGAUCCAAGCCAGUGGGAGCCUUUCAAGCCUGUGUACCUGAAACCAGGCAGGUACUCUUUCAAGUACAUUGACGGGGUUAUCGCGUGGGUUGACGAGAAAGGGGUGUUGCAUUUCUUAGCGCUUCAGGUGACGGUCAGCCCGGAGGGACACACCAAAACGGAGUAUCAGUUCAUGCAACGAGCACAAGUGGAACGCUGGUACACUGGACCCUGCAUCUGGUACUAUGUUUACCUCUGCCCUGUGAAGGUAGAAUCGUUGGAGGAGUCCCGGAAGGCUUCUUCUUCCAGAGGAGGUUCAUCGCCCACGUCCAGCAGGCCGGUUCAGUCACAAGAGACGUUGGUGGAGUACCAGAGGGAACAGCUCCAGUUUGAUCAGUGCUUUGACCAAAAUCUGGGACAGGAGGAAGUGUUGCUCCUCCGGAAGCUCGGGGAAGUCAGGGAGAGGGAAAUGGAACGGAGGAAGAAGGCCAAAGCCAUGCAAGAGCACAGCUAUCGCCAACUUCUAAAGAGCUUGCCUCCUCGGAAAUGGGCACUCUACAAGAGACUGAAGACGAGAGAAUUGCUGGAAGUGGAGGCCAAGAAAUGCGGCAUCAGUGACCCCUCCCCCAAGAACUACAAGAACAUCUACGUCUUGCUUUCAGCCAUGGACGUUUAAAUUAGUUUCUCAGGAUUUUGGGAUUUAACCUGGGACUAUUUGGAGCUUCCAGAAGAUGUCCAUCAUCGUCCAGUCUCCUGUCUGGACGAUGACGACAGGAUCUAUCUUCUAACUAGAGGGUGGCGGCCCGGACUUAAAUCAGAUUCAAGAGCCCCUGGAAGAGCCCUUUCUGGUGCCUAUCUGGUAUUUUCAAUUCAUCCGGCUGCACAUCUUAACCGUUCUAA